ACUAAAACAUAUUUUCAAUCCAAUCCACCAAUUCAAUCCAAUCCAAUCCGAUAUGAUACGAAUCUGGGAUUAGAAACGAAGACAAAUUAGAGCGUUUGAAUCUUUUAAAGUUCUACAUAAAAUUUUAAAUGACUUAGAAAUCCAUCACAUGUCGCAGCAGACGAAUUCGUAAAAAAUUCUGUACUUAUUGGUUUCAGAUUUCAGUCCUACUGCAAGUGAUUAACUUUAAGAUCACACGACCGUGCACUUGAUCCGGUUUUUACCAUGAAAAUCACACAGAAACGGAAAGUUAAUCGUUAUAUGAGCUUCUUCCGGAAUAAUUACGGAUUUCGGGUACCCUAUCAGGUUCUAGUGGAUGGAACUUUGUGUUUGGCUGCCCUGGAGGGGCAAGUGAGAGUCAGUGAACAACUAUCGAAGUACUUUCAAUGUGAGCUCAAACUACUAACUACACAGUGUGUUAUCUUAGAAAUGGAAAAAAUAGGCCCCUCAAUUAAUGGUGCAUUAAGUAUCUGCAAACAAUUUGCUGUUCAUAAAUGUGGACAUGAAAAAAAACCUGUUCUUGCAUCAAAAUGUCUCGAGUCCAUGAUAGCGGACAACAACCCAAAUAGGUAUAUAAUUGCAACACAAGAUCCAAGUUUGAGGGAAGUUGCAAGGGCCGUUCCUGGGACGCCGGUUCUUUACCUACAUUUUCGCUCUCCCACGCUUGAAAAACCAUCACAGCAAAGCACUGAGUUGGCUGGAGCCACCAUCAAAUCAAGUAUUCAUGAUCAGGGCUGCACUAUGGAACGAUUGCGUCAGCUAAAAAAACAGGAACUCGGCAGUCAAACUGGAGAAGAAAAACGUUUCAAAAGAAAGAAAGCAAAAGGACCAAACCCUCUAUCCUGCAAGAAGAAAAAGAAGAAAAUUGGCACUCGGGAACCUUUACAGAAAGCCGGGACAUCCUCGGACCAAGGGGUGCGUCCAAGGAAGCGGAAGCGUGUCAAAAUUGCUGAUCAUAUUCGGCAAGAGUUGGCAGCUCGUUUAAAUGUACCAAAGACCUCAGAUUAAUUUUUUUUUAAAGUGAAUUGAAACUAGGUCUUCUGGUUAAUACAAUCACCACAUCCGUUCCAUGA